AUGGCAUUCUGUCCAGACGAGUUACUGUUAUUUAAGAUAUGUUCUUAUUUACCAGCAAAAGCAAUUUAUAGGUUUAAAUGUACAUGCAAAACAGUGUCCAAUAUUGUUGAGGAAACCGAAUUUGCAACUAAGCAGACAGAGAACUCAUUGAAAAAGGAUGACACAUGCUUCUUCCUUCGGCAUGAGACACCUCAAACAUAUGAUGAAAAAGUGGAGUUGUACCCUUUACCUGGAAAGCAAUUGUCUUCUGGCGUGUCUGAGGAUGUUUUGAGAUUCUUGUCAAAGUCGUCAACAAGAAUGUUGGCUUCCACUAAGGGAUUGAUUCUUCUUUGUCUUACAACAAGCAACACAUACACACCAGCAGUUGAACUCUUCAUUUGUAACCCAGCAACAAAGUCUUGGUCGAACAUUCCUUCCCCCAUUCAAGUUCAAGAAAAACAGUUAUAUGCUGAUCCUAAAAUGGUGUUGCUAGAAGAAUGUUCCACCGGUUACAUGAUAAUUCAUUUUGAAGUCCAAACUGAUUGGUCUGCAGAUUAUCCCUGCAACAUAUACAAGUCCAAGGAAGGUUUGUGGAAAGCAAUGAAAAGAAGCUUCUAUGCAGGUGGUAGGAACAUGAAGUUUGAAAUGCCAGUCUAUUUGAAUGGGGCAAUCCAUUUCAUUUCAGAUUGCUUUCCUUAUCUGACUGAAAGGAGCCCAUUUUAUAGGCCUUAUAUAAUGUCCUACAACCUUGAGAGUUGCCUUUCAACAAUGCUGAGGGUGCCAGAAGAUGCUACACAUGAUUUGAGUUGUGAUUGUGAGAUGAGCAUUUUUAGUUGGGGAAAGGCUCAGUCCAUGAGCAUCUGUUUGGUGAGGCUAAGAAAGUCUGUUGUUACCGUUUGGAUCUUGACAGAUUAUGAAUCACACACGUGGUUCAGAAUUCUCGAGGUAGCAACACAAGAGAUGGGUUUGAGGGAGGAAGAUCCUAAAAUAACCGGGUUCACGGUUAUCAAUGGCGAUCUCCUGAUUUUGGCAACUGAAACAAGAGUCUACAGUUAUGGUUUGACUGAUGAUGGAAACUGUAUGAGGGUUGAGGAAAUAUGCCAACACAGAUUCGCAUCCAAAGUUUGCUUUACUUCCUACUCAGAUAUUCUUCGUCUCUGUGGACCAGGGGCUACAUGUUUGCCUUGUUAA